UGGAAAACGAGCGGUGCUCCGGCGGCCCCGCAACUGCAGCCUCUUCCUCCGCGCCUUCGUCCGUUAAUCCCACUCUCCGACCAGGCAACCGCCACCGCCUCAUGCCUUUAAAGCGAGCCAGAGGAGAGAGGGGCAGGAGCAACCCAAUAAGCUAGCGGGACGCCGGAGAGAGGGGGUGGAAGCUGCCACGCGCGCUUCGCCCAAGCCCCCCUCCUCCUCGCCCUCCCCUCGCCGCUCACGCCGUUCAUAGCGUAGUACGUAGCACUUACGCGCGCGCGCAGCGCGGGCGAGAGAGACAAAGCUCGUCGGCCGGCUGUCUCUCGCCUGCCAUGGGAACGGAGGUGCUCCGCCCGCACGACUGCCUGACCCGCGUCCGCCACCACGCCCACGCCCACGCCCACGCCGGCUCCAGGCGGUCGCCGCGCCCGGCCGCGAGGAGGCGCCGCGGCACCGCUCGGCGCGCCCAGGCGGCGUCGCCCCUGCCGCAAGAGGUGCGGGUCAAGGUGUCGCCCGCCACCGCGGACGCCGCGUACGCCGGGCCAGCGUUCGGCGUCAUGUCGCCGUCGCCGCGGGCGCUGCCGCUGCCGCGCUUCAGCAACACCAAGACGGCAGCCCCGGCCACCGUGGAGGACUCGGCCACGCGGGAGCUCCGGCGGCUGCUGGGCCUCGAGCGGCCGGCCAACUAACCGCGCGCGAGAAAUCUGACGAGCAGGCCAUGGACUGUAAGACAAUAAAUUUUGGGGAAUCAGCACAACCCUCUAGGGGUGGCUUAUCUCAUUAUAUAUAAUGGUUGAGUUACAAUACGUACAUAAGUACAGAA